AUGGCAGAUGAGGCCAAGUUUGUUGCUCCUCUCCCCCAAGGAUUUGGAUAUGGCAUUAUCCUUGGGUUGGGGUUGGUUUUUGCCUUGGUGAUGAUCUUUAUAACCUGGGCUCUUAAGAGGUAUCAGCAUGAAGUCCAAACAUCCGAGAUGUUCUCGACGGCUGGAAGAUCCGUCAAGUCUGGACUGGUCGCUGCUGCAGUCGUCAGUAGCUGGACUUGGGCGGCGACGCUGCUCCAGUCGUCGGCGGUGGCGUAUAAAUAUGGCGUUUCAGGGCCGUUCUUCUAUGCGUCGGGCGCAACCGUCCAGAUCAUACUGUUUACAACCCUGGCAAUUGGGUUAAAAAGCAGAGCCCCGAACGCGCAUACCUUCCUGGAGGCUAUCCACGCUCGUUACGGGACGACCGUGCACAUCGUCUUCAUCGUAUUCUGCCUUAUGACGAACGUCCUAGUGACUUCCAUGUUGCUAACUGGCGGCUCUGCCGUUCUCACUUCCCUGACGGGUGUACGUACAGCGGCAGCCUGUCUCCUGCUCCCCAUAGGUGUCGUGCUGUACACCCUUUUUGGCGGUAUCAAGGCUACAUUCAUCACGGAUUACAUGCAUACGGUGGUUAUCAUUGUCGUUGUCUUCAUCUUUGCGUUUUCCGCCUACGCUACCAAUUCGACAUUGGGGUCACCCGGGAAGGUGUAUGAUGCGCUGGUUGCCGCAGCGAAGCUGCAUCCGGUUGAUGGGAAUGCGCAUGGAAGCUAUCUUACCAUGCAGUCUCGGCAGGGUGGGAUUUUCUGGGUGAUCAAUCUUGUCGGUAACUUUGGGACUGUUUUCCUCGACAAUGGUUACUAUAACAAAGCAAUCGCCGCCCACCCCGUCCACGCGUUCCCCGGCUAUGUCAUCGGCGGUCUCUGCUGGUUUGCAAUCCCCUGGCUCUGCGCCAGCACAAUGGGGCUCUCCGCCCUGGCCUUGGAGGGCUCCCAGCGCCUCAGUCCAGACGACGUCACCGCGGGACUCGUAUUACCAUUCGCAGCCGUAAAGCUCCUAGGAUACGGCGGCGCCGUGGUCACAACGCUCAUGAUCUUCAUGGCCGUUACGUCCGCUUUUUCGGCACAGCUGAUCGCUGUUUCUUCGAUCUUCGCGUAUGACAUCUACCAAGCCUACGUCGAGCCCGCUGCCAAGGGGAAGAAGCUCGUCUGGAUCUCCCAUGUGUCCUGCGUUGUGUUUGCUGUUGUCAUGGCUGGCUUCGCGACGGGUCUUUCCUACGCUGGUAUCCGGAUGGGAUAUCUCUACUUGCUCAUGGGGGUUAUCAUCUCCUCUGCCGUGUUCCCGGGCGCCAUGGCAUUGCUUUGGAAGGGACAGAACUGGAUUGCUGCAGCUGCCUCCCCGGUUCUUGGUCUCGCAGUUUCCCUGAUCACUUGGCUUCUUACCGCGAACAAGGAAUCCGGUGUAGUAACUGUCACGAGUACCGGCGAAAACUACCCAAUGCUAGCCGGCAAUGUCGCCGCCCUCUUCAGCCCGCUCAUCUUCGUCCCAACACUAACCUACCUCUUCGGACCCCAAAACUACGACUACAAGUCCAUGGCCUCGAUCCGCCAAGUCGACGACACGGACGUUGCUUCAGCAGCCGCACACAUCGACCACGACAUCGAGCUCGUCCCCGGCUCAUCCUCCCCGAGAACUUCAACAGCCCGAACUCAGAAAAUAGAAGAAGAAGACGAAGAAACCCGCAAACUGAACCGCGCAGCUCUAUACUCCCGCACAUGGACAAUCGUCAUGGUGCAUGUUUUCCUCAUUCUCUGGCCCAUCCCCCUGUAUGCGUCCGGGUAUGUGUUCAGCAAGGGGUUUUUCACCGGGUGGGUUAUUGUGGGGAUACUGUGGCUCUUUGGGUCGGCGGCUGGGGUGGUUGUUCUUCCAUUGGUUGAGGGGCGGGAGACCAUUGUUCGGGUGGUGAGAUUGAUGGGAUUGGAUUUGGUGAGGAGGCAGUAG